AAGAGUCAAAAGUCAGGUUGGGUGUGCGGACUGUUACAUACGGCCAUUUUUUUAAAAAAGAACAAGGAUCAAGGAACCAAAAAACGAACAAGAAACGAAACAAAGAGAAAAAUACUACUUCGUGCUCGGAAACAAGGGGAUUAUUGGUGGAACAAGCAGCAACCAAACAGCCCCAGCCCUUCGGGAGUCGGGGGUUUGUAGGCGACAGACUGGACAACUCCUCCGGUAGUAGCCUUCUGGUUUCUCAAAAAGAUGCCAAGCUCAUCUGUCGAUUUAGCGAGACAUGCAAAUUCUGCACAUCAUGUGAGGGAGAACAGUGAAUUUGCUAGGCUGGUCAUAUCAUGUGAACCAUCUUCUGUGGAAGCUGAUGUCUUACAGGCUCAAGCAGAAGCAAGGACUAAGUGUUUCAUGUGGUGGGUCAAGGCCUUAUUAUGGUGCAUGGUAAUCAUAAUAUUUCUUCUCAUGUUCUUGAAAUGGGGACUCCCAUUUCUUUUUGAAAAGGUACUCUUCCCCUUCAUGCAAUGGGAAGCCACUGCCUUUGGCCGUCCAGUUCUUGGCCUUGUGCUUGUUGCUUCUCUGGCUCUUUUCCCUGUGUUCUUAAUCCCUUCUGGCCCUUCCAUGUGGCUGGCUGGGAUGAUUUUUGGAUAUGGGAUUGGUUUUGUCAUAAUCAUGGUUGGAACAACCAUUGGGAUGAUCCUCCCCUAUUUAAUUGGACUUCUGUUCCACGACCGUAUUCAACAAUGGUUAAUGAGAUGGCCCCAGAAAGCUGAAAUGAUUAGAGUUGCUGGAGAAGGAAGCUGGUUCCAUCAAUUCAAAGUGGUUGCUCUCUUUCGGGUUUCUCCAUUUCCAUACACAAUUUUUAACUAUGCAAUUGUGGUAACAAGUAUGAGGUUUUGGCCCUACUUAUGUGGAUCAGUUGCUGGCAUGGUUCCAGAAGCUUUCAUUUAUAUCUAUAGUGGCCGGUUAAUAAGGACAUUAGCAGAUGCAAAGUAUGGGAACCUCCACCUGACUACGGUGGAAAUCAUAUACAACAUCAUCUCCUUCAUCAUCGCAAUUGUGAUAACAAUUGCAUUCACUGUUUAUGCGAAAAGAGCUUUAGAUGAGAUUAAAAGGGCUGAGACUGGUGGGGAAAAUGCCUCUCUCUCUGACCAUGGUGGUCUUGAGAUGGAAAAGCUUCCACUUGAAAGACACAAGCAACUUUGUUCCUCAUCCAUUUAGUCAUAGCCUGGGUUCUUUAGCAAUAUCCUAGUACCUGUAAAUAUUGGGAUUCAAGUAGUGGGGGUCUCAGGUUCCUCGAUCCUUGUAACCCUUUUCUUUGAGAUGCCACAGCAUUUGAUAUUUGUAAGUACAAGUUGUGCACACACGAAAGAAAAAAAGGACCGGUUGUAUCAUAUAUGAAGUGUAAGUUUUAAGCAGGUUUUCUUGGCAGAAAAAUGAAGUACGAGAGACUUUUAAGAAUGUUUACCAAAAAUGAAGUACGAUAGACUUUUAAGAAUAUUUACUUAUGCAUUGGUUAUUAUCUUUGGGUUAACAAAC